UUCUUCAAAUCUUUUUCUCUUCUCUCAUUUCUAACUUAUAAACUUCAACUCUUCUUCCUCAUACAUACUUCCAAAUCCUUCCAUUUUUCUCUUUCAAUUCAACACCCCGCCGUCCACUCACCGCAUCUUCCCCGCUCCUUCUCUCCCUCCAUCAAAUGCCUUCCUCAUCCCACUCUCUUUUUUCUUCAAUCGGAUAAAACCCUGUUUCAAUCCCGACUCCAUCCACUACCCUCAUUCUUAAAUUCCCUUCCUCUUUCUAUACUAAUUAAUACACACUUCGUUUCUUCCUUUACUUUUUCCAUUUUGUUUUUCUUCAUAUUUUCCCAUCGAGAGGUGUCAGCAUACUUAUUGUUCAAAGUUCUCUGUUUCUAUCCAUGGCGGAGGAUAAGAAAACAGGGAAAUUGAAGAUGGUUAUCGAUGCAAAUACUCCAGACAAGAAGAUUGAGAAAGGGAAACACGUUGCAGCUGUUAGCUUGGAGAGGCAACAAUGGAAGCCAGUUUUAGAUGAUGCUUUCUUGUCUAGAAGACCUCUCAAGAAAAUCUGCAGUUCUGAUUUUCAUAACCCAUUUCUUCAUUCCCCUCUUUCUCUUUCUCCCCCUUCUUCUAAAAUCCAAUUUCCUUUCGAUUUCGAGGCAUCUCAACAUUCAUCAAUAACAACCACGACAACAACAACACAGUUUAAUUCUCAACAUCCGAUUUCUUCCUCUUCUUCUUCUUCCUCUCCCUUUACGGCCUUCGGGUCUCCGGAGCAACAGAUGAUUUCCUUUAGUUCCAAUCAACAACAGGGAUUUGGCUUUCCGCCCUACUUCCUCAACGGAGACCCGGUGGCAUCGCAGCAGAGACUUUUCAAGUACUGGAGUGAUGCGUUUCAUUUGAGUCCAAGAGGAAGAGCUAUGAUGAUGAGUAGAUUCGGCCCGGAUGGAGGUAAUUUGUUUCGGCCGCCAUUGCAGCCCAUAAGUGCCACUAAGCUUUACAGAGGAGUUCGACAGCGGCAUUGGGGGAAAUGGGUGGCCGAAAUUCGUCUCCCUCGUAACCGAACUCGUCUUUGGCUCGGAACUUUCGACACCGCUGAAGACGCCGCCAUGGCUUACGAUCGUGAAGCCUUCAAAUUACGAGGCGAAAAUGCUCGACUCAAUUUCCCUGAUCGUUUCUUCAAGAAAGACAUUCCAAAAACAGAGGCAGAAACAGAGCAUACAAUUCCAAUAACAGAAGAAGCUCAUCCCGAAAACUUUAUCCUUCUUCCGCCGCCAGAAGAAGAAAAACCAAAUAACGACUUGACGGAGAGCGGCAGCUGCGCAUCUGAGCCGACGGAGAUGGUAUGGGGAGAAAUGGAAGAGGCUUGGUUUAAUGCGAUUCCGGCCGGUUGGGGUCCAGGAAGCGCGGUUUGGGAUAAUCUAGACCCAACAAACAAUUUAGUUCUUCAAUCACAAAUCCCAUUUGGUUCUUCAAAUGAGCAACAGAUGAACGAAUCCAACGAUAAUCAGAACAAGCUUGAAACUUCCGAAUCGGCUUCGUCUUCGUCUACGUCUGCUCCCACGAAGCUUUUCUUAUGGAAAGAUCAAGAUUGAAUAAUUAGACUUCUUCUCUUCUUUUUUACUGAAUUUUUACCACUCCAUUGGAUGAUUGGGUGAUUGUAGUAGUCCUCCGAUUUGGUCGUAUGUUUUUGGAAGACCAAUCCAAUGGCUUUAGACAUCAUAAAGAUGGAAUUUCUUUGAUGAAAUUCUUGAUUUUAUGUUUAUUGUGAAGAAGAACCAUGGAAGGAAGGGAUUUGAGACGUGUUUUUUGAUCUCUUUCCCCUUCACAGUUUGGUGCGUCAUCGUUCCAUUAAAGCCAUUGUUUUUAGGCUUUCAUGGCGGUUUUUUAGUUUUGUCUUUGUAUUUUUUGCUCUUUUUCUCUCUCUCUCUCUUUUACAUUCCAUUUUUUGGAGUUUCCUUUUGCCUUCUAUGUAUUAUGUAAUUUAGAUCUUUUCUUUAUAACCAUUUUUUUUAGGUCAAUAUGGUGUGAAGUGUUUCAUCUAUUGUUUCAACUUAUAUAGCAUAUAUACUUUGCUUA